AUGCAGACGCUGCGAGUGGGCGCGCUGCUCGCCACGCUGGCCGCUGCCACCACCCUUCGCCUUCCCGAUGACGUGCUCGACAUCAUGAGCCGGGCACGCGGCGAGCUCGGCCCCCGCAGGUGGACAGGCUGGUACAAGCGCGCCGGCGAUGAGCAGCGUGCCGUGACAGCGGCCGGGAACGCCGCGGGGAACGUCACGGGCCGGGCCGGCACGCCGCCGACGCCAGCUGGCAGUAAACGGGCCGGGCAGGGAUCAUCGCCACCGCCGCCGCCACCCAUCUGGAGCAAACGCGUCGCCGCCGCUUCCAACUCACUGCAGCCAGCCUGGCGCAAACGCUCCGAGAGCGACUCGAACCGGCCACCGCCGCCGCCGUCGCCAGUCUGGCUGAAGCGCUCAGGAGGCUCCGAUCGGCCGCAGGCGCCCUGGAACGCGCCCAGUGCCGAGGACGACGACGAGUACGGACUGCCGCUGACGCCGGAGGACUUCGACAACGCGGAGCAUGUGUCGGACGACGCGCCACGGAGCGGCGCCGGCGGCGCGGACCCCAUCGAGCUGGCUGGCCUAUUCGAGGGGGACAUCGCGCACGCCGACGCCGAGCAGCUGGGCGCCCUGGCCGACUGGGACGAGACGCUCGUCGACGACGGCGCCCUCCUGCGCAACGCUGUCCUCAACCCCAGCAGGCUCUGGCCCGGCGGGCAGAUCCCCUACACCAUCUCGUCGUCGUUCAGCGCGCACGAGCGGGCGGUGGUGGCGCGCGCGGCGCAGGCGUUCGCGACGCGCUCCUGCCUGCGGCUCGUGCCGCGCGACGGCCAGGCCGACUACGUGCACGUGAAGAGGGGCCGCGGCUGUAGCAGCGACGUGGGUGUGCUCGGCGGCCGGCAGGAGCUGUCGCUGGGCGAAGGCUGUCUCUACACGGGCAUCGUCAUCCACGAGCUGUUGCACGCCGCCGGCUUCUGGCACGAGCAGAGUCGCGCCGACCGCGACGAGCACGUGCUCAUCCACUGGGACAACAUCCGGGUCGGCAUGGAGUAUAACUUCCAUAAGAAGCCCUGGAGUCAAACGCUGGACCUGGGGGAGCCCUACGACGUGGGUUCGGUGCUCCACUACGGGCCGCGGGCGUUUGCGGCCGACCCGACGCGCCCCACCAUCACGCCGCUGCAGUCGAGCUCCGAGAUGGGUCAGCGGAACGGCUUCUCGGCCACGGACGUGGCCAAGCUGAACAGGCUGUACGGCUGCGACGUCGGCGGUCCGGGCGCGACCACGGCCGCGCCGCCGGCAGCCACGUGCCGUGACGUCGCCGAGUGGUGCCGCUUUUGGGCUGACGGAGGAGAGUGUGAGCGCAACAAGAACUGGAUGGCCAUCAACUGCGCACAGUCGUGCGGCGCCUGCGGCGCAUGCGACGACCGCAGCGGCUCCUGCGCCCAGUGGGCGGCCGCCAACCAGUGCACGGCCAACUGGAGCUACAUGAGCGUGUUCUGCCGACGCGCGUGCGGCCUGUGCGGUGCCGCGGCGGCGUGCGACGCAAACCCGGACUACAUGACCGUCCACUGCAAGAAGGCGUGCGGCUCCUGCUGA